AUGCACGAGGAUCUUUAUCUGGGAGAGUUGGUGGGAAAGUCGCUGGAGGUCCGGAGCACACCAGAACGUGGACGUGGCCUGUAUGCCACGAAGAGACCAGUCGGGCAGCCGGCUCUGAUCUUCACUGAGUCGUCCCUGGGAAAGAUCAUCCAAGUUUCCCCCUGCUACAAGAGAGGCCUGGCAUGUUCCUUGUGUGGACACGUCUUAGGCAGCCCAGUCUGGCAAUUGCAGAAGCUAACCGGUCUGCAAAGACGUGCAGAUAGUGACAUUCUGAACGAGAGCUUGUCCGAAAUUUUGGAGGGACAGCCGCUGUUUUCGAGAGUCCCACCAUUGUUCUGCAGCAUUGCCUGCUUGCGUGAGCAUGAACGAAUACUCGGACGUUUGAGGAGUCAGCGGAAGGCUGCGCGACUCUUUGCGCGCUACUCCAGGAAAGUGGGGUGUGUCUUUCACAUGCUGGCGCUAAAGCUCUUGUGCUGGUGCAUAGCCGAAGUGGAGAAAUCCCCUGAACGUGCUGCUGCACCACUAAGAGCUCUCUGCUCUCGGCUUUAUUGGGAGGCCGUCGAUAUGCCCUCAGAACCUGCGGAGCAGGCCGCAUUCAAGGCCAAGUUGCAGAAAGAAACAGAGAUCUCCCGUCAGCUGGCCUUGAGGGCAUUAGGGCCUGGACUGGAGCUACUACCGAUCGAUUUGAAGCAGUUUCUCGAGCCUGUGGGCUACGCCAAGCUACUGGGUUCGCUUUGCUCCAACUGCACGAGUGUCAAGUACAUAUCUCCGGUGCUGCAAUACAUUCUUCAGAUAGACGCCAUGAAGGACGGUGCCUGCAAGACUGCUGCAAUACGGGAGCUGGAGCCGUGGAUUCGGUCCCUGGCCAAGAAUCCGCUGGACAUGGAUGGGAGUGAUGUUGGCGAGGCAGCUGGCGAGGACGAGCAGAAACUCAUUUCCUGGAGUGCAGCGAAACCUCUACACUUCUCAACUGCUCUGAUCCCACCCUUCCGUGGCUACGCCAUUUUUCCUCGCAUGGCACUGAUGAAUCAUUCUUGCAAGCCCAGCUGUGGAAUCGAGUUUGACUUCGCCGGACGCAUUUUCGUUCUGCAACAGCCUUACGUCGACAUCAAGCCAGGUGUUGAACUCACAAUCUCGUAUCUCGACUCGUCGCUGGAAUCAGAGGAGAGACUGCAGGUGCAGAAGACCAAGUCAGCUAGAAGCCAGAGGAUCAGCCUCGCAAACAACAGCACUUUCCCGAGAGCUUUGUCAUCAGCUUUUCUGACACUGGUCAUGCUUGCCACGACAAGGCCACGCCCACUUGUGCUCCAGCCGAGUCAGGCAGCUGGUAUGGCCGCGGCCAUCCCGAACGGAGUGCGAUGGAUCCCUGGCUUCGAGAAUCGGCGAGUUUACGCCGUGGGCCAAGUCUGCGAAACUCUGUCAGAGGUGCACCGAGAUGCACCGGGCUGGUACCUGCUAGGUCCUGCAAUAGUGGAGGAGGGCCGAGGGCUAGUCGACCCGGAGAUGCCUCCUCUGGAAGAGCGGGUUUAUUUGGUCACCGGUGCGACCAAGGGACAUGGCCUUGAAACUGCCAUGCGGCUUCUGGACUCCGGCUGCUCGGUCAUCCUUCACGGCAAGUCAGAAGAUCUAUUGAAGCGAUACCUCUCUGAUCUGAGUGAUUCGUUUGAGACGCACAAGAUUGAUGGCUUCGAGUGUGACUUGCAGGAAAUGGAAGAUGUCGAG